GUCGACGCUUUGACGCUCGACGCCCGCCGGCACUUCGACAGUACAUCCCAUGACAGCAAUCGCUGUCUUGACGGCGCCCGAGCUGAUUUCGAGUAUCGUAUCGUACCAAGCCGGCAUCUGCGCCAGUCUGCACGACUACGUCGCGACCUUCCACGCCACCACCUACAAAACGUUGCCGCCGAUCGUCUAUGACGUGGCGCGCUCGGAGCGCCGCUGCCUCCUGCACCACGCGGUUGCGACUGCAAAAGCAACGACUCUUGUGCGCGCCAUCGUCGACUGGCAACCUUAUUGGCUCUCGGGGCUUGUCAUCGACACAGCAGCGGCCUCUGGUCAGCUCGAACUGCUUCGGUUCUUUCACAUUGAGCACCCGACGCUCACAGGCUCGUACCGAGCGCUUGACCGAGCAGCUGGUCACGGCCACGGGAGCGUGGUCCGGUUCUUGCAUCAGUUUCGCUCCGAAGGCGCUUCGGUCGCCGCGAUGGACGACGCCGCCGCCAACGGCCACGUGAACAUCGUACAAUUUCUCCAUGCGCAUCGUGGCGAGGGUUGCACGACGGCCGCCAUUGACCGCGCCGCCUCGGCGGGGCAUUUGCAGGUCGUUCAGUUUCUUCUGCGGCACCGGAGUGAAGGGUUCACGGCCUCGGCGGUCGCGAGCGCGCAAUGCCAUGCUGGCAUCAAGCGUCUCUUGGUUCAGUAUCAGGAGAGCCAUUACCGGCACUAAGUUUUAUCUAAAGUAUUCCUACUAGUAAACUAUUCGUGCGCAC